UUCCUCUCUACCUCUCUACCUCUAUUGGAUUAAAACCUUGGUGUAUUUUGAAACCAAGGCAGCUUACUCGUUUUAAUCUGUCCUCAGACUUCACAUCAAUUCAUUUGCUUAGAAACAGUGAUAAAAGCAAUAUCACAUUUGUCAGAUAAUUUGCUUUUAAAAAAGCUAGCUAGUUUCAUCAAUUUAAAACGUUUGUGUGUAAACUAACAAUUGUAAUCUAAUUUCAUUCUCCUUCUCUCUUUCAAGCAAUAGGAUUAUGACUGUGGGUGUGUAAAGAUUAGGUGGACACCUCACGACAUUAUCUCCAUUUGAAAUGCUUGUAAACACAUGAAUGAUGUUAGACAUUGUCUGGCCAUCAGAUUUAAUCCUGUAAUCUUUAUGGAUGAGGACACAACAAGAGAGAAAGUGAUGAGACAUAACAACAUCAAGAAAAAAAAGUACAAACCGUUCUUAUGAACUCAUGACUGAUUCUUAUGGGAUUUAGAUCUAUUCUGACCACACAGAAGAUCUUGUCAUGGUGGACCUGUUCUUGGGAAAGGUUUUGGUGAAAAACAACAAAGACAAAGAUGAGCUGGACACCGAGCGUGAGAUCAUCCUGCGGCUCCAGAAUCGCCUCCUCAUGCUGUUUUUUGCUUCUGGUGAAUGCGAGCGGUGUCAGGACUUUGCUCCAACGCUCAAAGACUUCUACAAGAAACUAACAGAUGAGUUUUACGUGGAGCGCUCGGCCCAGCUGGUUCUGCUGUACAUCUCUCUGGAUUCAUCAGAGGAACAGCAGGAGAAGUUCCUGAAGGAGCUGCCUAAACGCUGCCUUUUCCUGCCAUAUGAAGAUCCUUACAGGAAUGAGCUGGCAGUGAUGUUUGAAGUGCACGAUCUGCCCAGCGUGGUGGUGUUGCGUCCAGACUGCUCCGUUCUCUCGCCGAACGCCGUGGCAGAAAUCUGCACCCUGGGACCGGACUGCUACCGCAACUGGCAGGAAGGGGCGGAGCUAAUCGACAGGAACUUCAUGAUGAAUGAGGAAUAUGAUGAGGGCAAAAUGCGCAGUAUGACUGACCCCUUCAGACGACUCAAAUACAAGUUGGAAGACAAGAAGAAAAAGAAGGAAGGGAGGAGUGCAGAGGAAGACAUGGAAGAUGAUGGAGGAGCACCGUGGUAAAAAAUUUACAACUGAUGAAAACAUCUGCUCUGGAUCAGCUGACCUGCCUCAUUGGGAUUGGCUGACUGAUGCUUUUAUAACAUUAGUGAUGUGGACAGAUGUAAGGAGGACAGCUUUACCAUUAACUUUAUCUAUAAAUCAGUAUAUGGACAGAUACUUGAGAUCAAUUUCUCAUUAGAUUCUUUAUUACUAAUUGAAUAUUUCUGAAAGUAUUUUUAACUCAUUUUUUAGGAGAUAAAUGUUGGAUUACAC